AUAAAGCCAGUUGUGAGCUGAAAACCUCGUAACCGAUUUAACGUGAUCUUUGGAAGUAGGUAUAAAUAGAGAUCAUUUCAACUUUCCAACUUAUUCAGUCAGUGAUUAAUCUUGCAAUGAUGAAGUUGAUUGUGGUUCUAUCUUUCAUCUUGGCUGUGAUAGCCCUAGCCAAAUCUAAUCAGCUGUACAAACCAGACGGUCCCAAAGUCUGUGGAAAGCUGCUUAGAACUCCUGCUAAUGUGGUGGAAGCGUUCGACAUUCGGCAACCGGCUGACAAUCCGGACACCCACUGCCUAGUUCGAUGUUUGGGAGUUAUCAACCGAUACUACGACGACGAAACCGGGCCCAACUGGGAACGGAUAGAGGAAAUUCACAACGGAAAACCGGGACUGGAAGAUCACCGGCGAGAUACGAGCGCGUGCAUCGAAGCUAUUCAACCGGAACAGUACGGCGAUAACUAUUGCCACAAAUCGUACUUGCAUUUCCAGUGCGCAAUGGAAUCGUACAAGAAAAAUAUCAGAAAGCAAGAAUAGUUUACAGCAGUGAAUGUGGCAAAACGAUUUGAAAAAAAAACGUAAAUAGACAAACUCUCUAGGGCGUAUCAAAACAACAUGAAUCCAUUGUAUUGAAUCCGAUUAAAUUGACAAUAGUUCGUGAUAA